GAGAGGAGGGAGGAAGCGUCGGCUGCUCUUCUCUCAGCUUCUUACUUUAAAGCUGCUGGACUGAACUCCUGCAAAACUACCUGCACGCUGACUUUGACGCUGAAUAAACACGGGACACCGCGCUGCACCGAGGAGCCGCUGAAUUUCUCUUUAGUCGAGGGCGACAACUUUAAAUCUCCUCACGGAUCUGUGACCGGUCGUCACCUCCCAGUAAGUGUGUGUGUGAGUGUGAGCGCAGCUGCACUUCUGUCACUCUGUGCUUCCAGAGCCCCAUCAGACUCCACAAAGCACCCAGCUACCACAGGUCCUAAGAGUGAAGUAUGGGGUCAUCCUCUGCCCUGUUGCUUGUCUUGGGCUUUGCCACGAGUAUAUGGAGUCUGAACCCAGAUGACCCCAAUGUCUGCAGCCACUGGGAAAGCUACGCUGUGACUGUACAGGAAUCCUACGCUCACCCAUUUGACCAGAUCUAUUACACCCGGUGCACAGAUAUCCUCAACUGGUUUAAAUGCACAAGGCACAGGAUCAGCUAUAAGACGGCUUACCGCCGGGGAGUGAGGACCAUGUACCGGCGUCGCUCACAGUGUUGCCCUGGUUACUUUGAAAGCGGAGACUUGUGUGUUCCUCUGUGCACGGAGGAGUGUGUCCAUGGUCGCUGUGUGUCCCCCGAUACAUGCCAGUGUGAGCCUGGAUGGGGCGGGCUGGACUGCUCCAGUGCAAACACAGCCAAUGGAACAGGUUGUGAGAGUGACUACUGGGGACCUCACUGCAGCAACCGGUGCCAGUGUCAUAAUGGCGCUAAGUGUAACCCCAUCACAGGAGCCUGUGUCUGCACCGAUGGGUACCAGGGAUGGCGUUGUGAGGAGCCCUGUGAGCACGGUUACUAUGGCAAGGCGUGCCAGCUUCCCUGCCAGUGUCUAAAUGGUGCCACCUGCAACCACGAGACCGGAGAGUGCAUCUGUGCACCGGGGUACACAGGGGCUUUCUGUGGAGAGCGCUGCCCCUCCGGUAGUCACGGGCCUCAGUGCGAGCAGCGCUGCCCCUGUCAGAAUGGAGGGACAUGCCACCACAUCACUGGAGAUUGUUCCUGCCCUUCUGGGUGGACGGGUUCAGUGUGUGCCCAGCCUUGCCCUCUUGGCAAGUAUGGUAUCAACUGCAGCAAAGACUGCUCCUGCCGUAAUGGAGGAGUAUGUGAUCACAUUAUUGGGCAGUGCCAUUGCCCGGCUGGCUUCAGUGGACGCAGGUGUCAGGAUGACUGUCCAGUCGGCACCUUUGGUCCUCAGUGUAACCAGAGGUGUGAGUGUCGGAAUGGAGCCAAGUGUCACCACAUCACUGGAGCCUGUUUGUGUGAAACAGGAUUCAAAGGGCCUAAUUGCCAAGAGCGAUUCUGCCCCUCAGGCCUUUACGGCCUCAUCUGUGACAAGUAUUGCCCCUGCAAUACCACCAACACUGUAAGCUGCCACCCACUUUCUGGUGAAUGCACAUGCUCUGCAGGCUGGACGGGGCUUUACUGUAAUGAGACCUGCUCACCUGGAUACUAUGGAGAGGGAUGCAUGUUCCCUUGCAGCUGCACCAAUGGAGCUGACUGCCAUCCUGUCACAGGUGCAUGCAUAUGCGCUCCAGGCUUUAUGGGUGAGGACUGUGCCACAGUGUGUCCUCCUGGUCUGUAUGGACCAAGCUGCAUGUCCACCUGCUCCUGCCAUAAUCAUGCGUCCUGCUCUCCCGUUGAUGGCUCCUGCAUCUGCAGGGAAGGAUGGCAGGGAGUGGACUGCUCCAUCCUCUGUCCCAGUGGCACAUGGGGCCUGUGCUGUAAUCAAACAUGCUUAUGUGCCAAUGGAGCUGCCUGUGACCCCGUGGAUGGCACCUGCACUUGUUCUCCAGGAUGGAGGGGGGAGCACUGCGAUGAGUCGUGCCCUGAUGGCACUUAUGGAUUGGAGUGUCGUGAGCGCUGUGACUGUACCCAUGCCGAUGGCUGUGACCCAGUGAGUGGCUACUGCCGCUGCUAUCCCGGCUGGACAGGAAUCCAUUGUGACAACGUGUGCCCACAAGGCUUCUGGGGACCCAACUGUUCAUUCACCUGCUCCUGUCAGAACGGAGGAUCCUGCUCUCCAGAGGACGGUACAUGUGUGUGUGCACCCGGAUACAGAGGCACCUCCUGCAAAAGAAGCUGCUCUCCAGGCUUCUACGGCCACCGCUGCAGCCAGUCGUGUCCACAGUGUGUCCACAGCACCGGGCCCUGCCACCAUAUCACAGGCCACUGCGAGUGUCUGUCCGGUUUCUCUGGUUCUCUGUGCAAUCAAGUGUGUCCGAGUGGCAGGUAUGGCAGGGUCUGUGCCGAGAUCUGCCUCUGCACCAACAAUGGCACAUGCAACCCCAUCGAUGGCUCCUGUCAAUGUUUCCCUGGUUGGAUAGGAGAGGACUGCUCUCAGGCUUGCCCCUCUGGACACUGGGGCCCCGAUUGUCUCAACUCAUGUAAUUGUCAUAACGGCGCCCAGUGCAGUGCAUACGAUGGCGAGUGCAGGUGCAGCCCAGGCUGGACUGGACUCUACUGUACACAGCGCUGUCCUUCAGGUUUCUAUGGCAGAGAUUGUUCAGAGGUCUGCCGCUGCCAAAAUGGAGCAGACUGUGACCACAUCAGUGGCCAGUGUGCUUGCCGAACUGGCUUCAUUGGGACGAGCUGUGAGCAGAAGUGUCCUGCUGGUACAUUUGGAUAUGGUUGCCAGCAGCUGUGUGAGUGCUUGAAUAAUGCCACCUGUGACUAUGUGACGGGAACAUGCUACUGCAGCCCCGGCUAUAAAGGCAUUCGUUGCGAUCAAGCAGCUCUGAUGAUGGAGGAGCUGAACCCGUACACCAAGAUUAGCCCGGCACGAGGGUCGGAGCGCCUGUCGGCCGGGGCUGUCAUGGGCAUCAUCUUUCUCCUGCUCAUCAUCAUGGCCAUGCUCUCUCUGUUUGUGUGGUACAGACAGAGACAGAGGGACAAAGGUCAUGAGAUCCAGCCCAGUGUCUCCUACACACAGGCAAUGCAUAUCACUAACACUGACUAUUCCCUCUCCGAGUGUGGCAGCACAGUAGCAAUGAGGACCAGUGCUGCAGAGGUCAAUCAGAGCCAGAGCAGCAGCAGCAGCAGCGGCCAAUGCUUCUCCAACCCCAGUUACCACACGGUGGCCCAGUGUAAUGUCGUCUCGACCAUCUCCAGCAACCUGGAUGGUACACUGAUCCUCAAGUCGAGCACCCUGAAGAACAGAAAUGGCUCAGAGUGGAGAGCCUACUGCAACCUUAACGACUUAGAUGUUCAACAAGGGGAGACGCAGACGCAGCGAGGGCCGAGGAAAGUGGCGACUGCAGAUUACAUCAAGGGCUCCAUGUGCAGCAACAGCUCCUGCUCCCUGAACAGUGAGAAUCCAUAUGCCACCAUUAGAGACCCACCAGGGCUUGCUUGCAAACAUACAGAGAGCAGCUAUGUAGAGAUGAAGUCUCCCUCCCACCGUGAAGUGCCCUUUGGAGGCACUGCCACCCUCCUGGGUAGUGCAAGCAGGAAUGUCUAUGAUGUUGAGCCGACUGUGAGUGUCCUACAGGGACCUAAUGGAAUGGCGACUGGCUUCUCCCAGAGCCCCUAUGACCUUCCCCGCAGCAGCCACAUCUCGGGCCAUUAUGACAUACUGCCCAUGCGUCACAGCCCUACACACACACCCCCGCCUCCCCCAGAAAGCCCCAGCUCCCUGCUCUAGAGGGCGUGCCGGCAUCCAACUUUUCUUAAUGGAAAAGCCCUCCCAAUGUCUCUGUAUGUGUUUGGUUUAGAUACUGAGAUUUUGAGAUGGAAGGGGGCAGCCACAGCUCCUCUGGACCCUGCUCUUUUUGGCUCCCUCAAUCGCAAUCUUCCUGUGUCCCUGAAGGAGGGAGGGGAGGAAGGAGUGUCUCACACACCAGCGACCAUUCAUCCAUUUUAUUUUCUCAUGGAACUAAUCACUCAAACUGCUGCCCAGCCUCUUUAUGAACCACCUGAAGUGGAACAUAAUGGCAAACAGCACCAAGGGUGGCUUACACGGAUUGUUUGGACUGGUUAUUUAAAGGGAAAGAGUAAUACUCAAACUCAUUUUAAUUCAUGGUUUAAGGUUGUUAUUAUUCAAGGGCAGCCAAGUGUUUAUAAUAUCCUCUAAGUAAUUUUCUCCUCAGGAAGAAAGGUAUAGCAACAUUGACCAUGUCAAAGCAGGCAAAGAUUUAUAACACAGAGAUACCACACUUUAUGGAUCUUCACCAUGCAGCAGCUGCAGAUUAGCGCAGCUGAUUCGAGGUGUUCAGGAUUAUUUAUACUCAGAAAUGUUCUGUCAUAUCGGAGAGAACAACGAUCUAAAUGUUUAACAUGGAAACUUAGCUGAGAGUGAGCGGAGUCUGAUAAAGCAUGGAUAAAUCAUAAAAUAGUCUUAAUGGUCCUUGAUUCAUUCUCACUUCGUUAUGAUGACACUUAGUUGUGAUGGAAAUAGAGCUCAGUGUAUCUGGAGAUGUGUCCAGUGUUUGUGCAUUUAUUGCAUCACUGAGUCACACACACACAUUCAACAGGAUUUUACCCCACACUGACACUAGCGUCAGAUCUUGUGAUUAUUUUCUUUGUUUGUUUUUUAUGUGAAAGUAUUUUCUUGUCUUACUUUACAUUUUUGAAAUAUUAACAGUGGUAAGAAGAGGUUGCUUUGACCUUUCUAUAUUUUGUAUUGAUAAAAAAAUGAUGAUGUUUAUUUAUUAAAUUAUAAUAGUGAUGGUGAAUCUUUAUCAAUGUCCCACUAGAACUGAAAGAAAAAAAAAAGCAUGAUCAGAUAAUGGAUACCCACUGAUGUAGAUAACACACAAUUUACUCUUCUUGUGAGAUGAUCAGUGUCAUUUUGUGAAGCGUUUUUUGAAGUUACUUAAAAUGUUCUUUCUUUCUCUGUCAAAUUGUAAAUUUAAAGUAAGGGUUCCAUUCGAUCGAUUCCACACCUACAAAUACCCUGUGCUGUAUCUACAAAGGGAACCACGUGUAAAAA